AAAAUUCUCGAUUGAAGUCAUUCUCGCGUCGUCAUCGUUAAAAAAACGAACACAUGUGACAAGGGUCACACGUGAAGAGUGAAGACACUAACAUCUUUCAAACCAAGGAUUGCUUUCUUCCCCGGUUGUGAAUCUCAUUUCAAUCGUUUCUUUCUUUGCUUUUCAGUCUCGGAGCUCAUUUACAAUCCUCUCCAGCGCCGUCGUCGUCACUCACAGAGUGAAUUUGGAUCUGCUCGUGUUUUGAUCCUUCGUGCAGCAUAACCCUUCGAAUAUGGAAACUUGCCCUCUGGUAAAGAAUAUACUACUUCUGGAUUCUGAAGGGAAACGUGUAGCUGUCAAGUACUAUUCAAAUGACUGGCCAACAAACAAUGCCAAGUUGGCCUUUGAGAAAUCUGUCUUUACUAAAAUUCAAAAGACAAAUGCCCGUACAGAAGCUGAGAUUGCAAUGAUUGAUAGCUACAUUGUUGUCUACAAAUCUACUCAAGAUCUAUACUUUUGUGUAACUGGUGGUGAUGAUGAGAGCGAGAUCAUUUUAGCAACAGUUCUUGAUGGGUUCUUUGAUGCAGUCACUAUUCUCCUCAGAGAAAAUGUCAAUAAGAUUGCAGCACUUGAAAACUUGGAUCUCAUCUUCUGUUGCCUUGAUGAGAUGGUUGAUGGAGGGAUCAUUCUUGAAACCGAAGGAAGUACAAUUGCAAGCAAAGUUUCAUCCAAUGGUCUGGAAUCUGCAACAUCAUUAUCUGAACAGACAAUAACCCAAGCACUAGCUACUGCACGGGAACAUUUAACAAGAUCCCUUCUUGGAUGAUGGCACAUAAGCAGAGAAAGUUUCAUCAUUUCCUUUUCUUCAUUCUUGGUGGGACGGAGGUGGUGAUAGAGUAAUACUUUUCCAAGUGGCCUUUUCCCUCUCUUUUACCUUUUCUUUGGUAGAAAAUCAGCCAGACUUGUGGGCUGAACCUGAGACCUUUCAAACGAGUUGGCGAAUUUUUUUUUUCUUAAUGGCGCUUCUGUUCCUGUAUGAAUGUUUACAGUCAAAAUUUUUGAUUACAUUUUACAGUCAACCAACAAACCAUGAAUUGUUUUUUUUUAGUGGUAGAAACAAACCAUGAGUUGUUUUUUUA